GGACCCGCCGCGUUCGGGCGCUGGCUCCCGACCCGGCAGCAGGGGCCCGGGCCGAGCGGCUCCGCGUGCUGCGCUCCGGCCGCCCAGUGCGGGGAGGACGCGCGGCAGCGCCAGCCUCGGGGCCGCGCUGGUUAGGUAGGAGUCGAGAGCAUUUCCUAGCGCCCAAGCCAUGGUGGCCAAACAGCGGAUCCGGAUGGCCAACGAGAAGCACAGCAAAAACAUCACCCAGAGGGGGAACGUAGCCAAAACCCUGAGGCCGCAAGAAGAGAAAUACCCCGUGGGACCAUGGCUGUUGGCACUGUUUGUUUUUGUUGUCUGUGGCUCAGCCUUGGGAGGGGAGGACAGACCUGCCCGCCAUGUCCGUAAGGUACUUUUCCACCCAGGUAGCAACUUCUCCCAUCAAGACGCAUCCCCAAACCCAGAAGCAGCCAAGCAGACCUCUGAGCACAACCAGAACUAAAUAUCGAAAUCCCUUCUUCGCUGUAUCUGGAGAAGAGCCCUUCUGACCUUCGCCCAGAGCGCGCUCGCUUUAAUUUUCCACGUAAUUCUAACAGCCUCCGUGUUCCACUGGGUCUGUAGCAACAUCAUAAUGGAAGAGGGCCCAUUGCAGGUUGGUAUUGUGACACCAGAAAGGUGAGCAGAGAUGGUCAUAGUGAAACAAAGAAGACAGAAGCAGAAAUGAGAGCCCAGCGUACAGCCCGGGAACGCCACACACAGACUCCACGGCACUGCUCCAGUGAAGUCAGAUCAAUGACUCUUUUUCAUUAGGGUCACACCAAGCAUUUAUGAAAAAUUACCAUUGUGUCAUGUUUGGGGACAAUCCAAUUUAGGAGAAUAGUGAUGAUGUGUGCAGGAUUUGGGGUUUUUGUUUUUUGUUUUUCAGGAAAAAAAAAAAAAUGCAUUCAUGCUUUAUCUCUCCUUCAAGUCUAGCUAUCCAAGAAAGAUUGCCCAAGGCCCUGUGUGCUUAGUCUUUGUACACCUGAAGCACAGUAUUCGGCCCACAGUGCUGCUCACUAAUGUUAGAUGAUGAAAUGCCAACAGCUCGUUUCCUGAGGACUCCAGAGAGCCUGUUUUCCUGUGGCCUCUCAGCUGCAUUCCUGUGUAUUCUGUGUUUAGACAGGACUCAGGGAAAGGAUACCCAGCUUCGUGUCAGGAAAAAAAAAAUCCUGCCACACAGGGUAGCUGCCGUGUCCUUCAUUCCCGUUGGCCUCCUCAAGACUGACCAACAUUGCUGGCUGGAGAGGGUGUAGAACAGAAGCUGGGCCUGACUUUCCUGGGACGCAUGUGACAGCGAGAGCUAGCACCAGGCCGGGGGAGCUGAGGAAGCAGCUCUUAGCAAAACAGGCGAGGGCGAGGGCGCCUGGAAUCCUCUGCGGGCUUUCAGGCUCCCCCCCCCCCCCCCCGCAGGAUAAAAUCAGUGUGGCUAGGAUGGGAGCUCGCUGUCCUGCAGAACAUGUGCAGGCAGCCCCGAGAUCUUGCACUGAGGGCUCCAGGCAGCCAGCCCUCCACCCCCCGCCCCCACGCUUGGCACAUCUGCUCCCAGCACCUGGCCCGCGUUUCCAGCUCAGGGGCUGCUUGUUUUCCAGGUCUCCGCUGUUUUGAAAAGGCAGCCUCACUGACCUGUAAAAUGGUGAAAUGAGUGCAGUGCCCGUAUGGAAAGAGCCCUGUCCCCCUCUCCCCAGCGGCCACCAAACCCUUCUGGGGAAGGGGGGGCCAUAGCCCUACAUGCCUGAGGGAAUUCUGGCCUUCGCUCCUGAUGGAAUUAGCAGGAGUUAUCCCUAAAUCCCCGAGGCAUCCAUCAGCCAACCCAGCCAGGCUUCCUUUUUAAAGAAGUUCACUGACCUCUUGUUAACUUAACUCCUUGUUAGGAAAUAUCUAAUCAGCUGUAUGCUCCCACGUCCAGGGCCCAGGGGUCGGCAGGAGCGGGGCUCACCAUGGGCUGGGGUUUCCGGCUGCGUGCUGCCUGGUACCUGAGCUGUCUGUCUUGUUUUCCUC